AUGAAAUAGAAAACGUCAAAGUCAAAGGCAGCUUCCUAACCUAGUUCGUACCUAGCGGCGAGUCAUAAUUUCACAACAGUUUUAUAAUAUUUCAAAGAUGUAUGGGAAUGAGAAUAAAGGGUUAAAUUAAAGUUUCAUCCAUCAACCCUAUUUUAUAACAAUUAAAUAUUUUAUUUAGUUUUUGAGGGAAGUGAAAAAUAAUUAGUAAUGCUUAGAGUCAAAGCCGUAUCUGCAAUUUACAUCGAGAGUCAAGCUCUCGAACUGCUCUCGGCGGCGAGAAGAGAUGUGUACAAGCUGUUCCGCACCAGCUCGCUGAGCACGCAGGCUCCCUCCUCACAGCAUCCAAGGAGAAUUAAGCAUUAUAGAACGACAGUACUGACGUCGUCGCGAGGCGACAGCGAUGGCGCCCCCCCCGGCCCCCGCGCGCCGCCCCCGCGCUCUCCGCCCCCGCCCCCGCCGCCGCCCCCACCGCGCCGCUCCUGGCUGCUCACGGCCACCGCCGUCACCGUCACGGCGUCGCUCGGCGGGGUCUACUUCUAUAGAAAACUGAGCGAGGACAACGAGAGCCAGCCGGCAGUCCAGCCGGAGCCCAGCGCGGCGAGCGCGGCGUCAGAGCCCGAGCCCAUCCCCAGCUCUGGCGAGGACAUCCCGCGGCGCGUGCAGUUCCUGCUGGUGGGCGCGGGCACGGCCUCGUUCGCGGCCAUGCGCGCCAUCCGCUCGGCGCGGCCCGACGCGCGCGUGCUGCUGGUGGGCGCCGAGCCCGAGCUGCCCUACAUGCGGCCGCCGCUCAGCAAGGAGCUGUGGCGCGAGCCCGACCUGGCUACGCGCGCGCCGCACCUGGACGCGCUCUCCUUCCGCCAGUGGAACGGGCGCCGCCGCUCCGUGGCCUACGAGCCGCCCGCCUUCUACACGCCCGUGGCCAGCCUGCCCGACAGCGCGGGCGGCGCGGCCGUGGCGCGCGGCUGGCGCGUGGUGCGCCUGGACGCCGUGCGCCACGAGGCCGAGCUGCGCGCGCCGGGCCGCGAGCCCGUGCGCGUGCACUACGACAAGUGCCUCGUGGCCACCGGCGUGCGCGCGCGGCGAACUGCGCGAGCGGCGGCCGCCGGGCGCGCGCUGGCGCUGCGCGGCGUGCGCGACGCGGCGCGGCUGGCGCAGGAGCUGGAGCGGCCCGGCGUGCGGCGCGUGGCCGUGCUGGGCGGCGGCUUCCUGGCGUCCGAGCUGAGCGCGGCGCUGGCCGAGCGCCUGCUGGCGGACGGGCGCGAGGUGCUGCAGCUGUUCCGCGAGCGCGCGCCGCUGGCGGGCGUGCUGCCGCCCUACCUGGCGCAGGAGGCGGCGCGGCGCCUGCGCGAGGCGGGCGUGGCGCUGCGCCCCGCCGCCGAGGUGGUGGCGGCGGCGCCCGACGCGCGCGGCGUGGCGCUGCGGCUGGCCUCGGGCGAGGAGCUGCGCGCGGACCUGGUGGUGGAGUGUGUGGGCAGCGAGGUGGACGAGGAGCUGGCGCGCGCGUCGGAGCUGGAGACGCACCCGGAGCUGGGCGGGCUGCUGGUGAACGCGGAGCUGCAGGCGCGCACCGACGUGUACGCGGCGGGCGACGUGGCCUGCUUCUACGACGUGGUGCUGGGGCGGCGGCGCGUGGAGCACCACGACCACGCCGUCGUGUCGGGCCGCCUGGCCGGCGAGAACAUGGCCGGUGUCGCGCCGCCCAAGCACUACACGCACCAGAGCAUGUUCUGGAGCGACCUCGGGCCGCAGCUCGGCUACGAGGCCAUCGGCAUCAUCGACUCGCGACUCCCCACCGUGGGCGUGUUCUCCGCCGACGCGGUGACGGACACGGCGGCGGCGGCGCAGCUGGAGGCGGCGGCGGGCGAGGGUGGCGCGGUGGCGGGCGAGGCGGGCGCGCUGCGGCCGGUGGCGGCGGCGUCGGACGCGGGCGGCGCGGCGGAGGCGGACGCGGCGGCGCGGCGCUACGAGCGCGGCGUGGUGUUCUACCUGCGCGAGCGGCGCGUGGUGGGCGUGCUGCUGUGGAACCUGUUCAACCGCAUGCACGUGGCGCGUCAGGUGCUGGCGCAGGGCGAGUUCGACGACCUGUUCGAGGUGGCCAAGCUGUUCUCGCUGCACGAGGAUGACUAAACAGUAUUGGAUGGAUACACAGCGGGGACUCGGAGAGCAUUUAUCUGUUAUAACUUUGUAAAUAACUAUUAUAAAAUAAUAAUAAAACUGAUCUAGAUAUUA